GGCCGAUAUAUGCGGUGAUAUUACUAUCGCCGAAACCAUGUCUGCCCGACUUGACGCUAAAUGCGGAAGCCUUCGGAUUUAAUGGAUUUUACUCCUAUUUUCACGCUAAGUUCGAACCAACAAGUCAUUUGUCAUUCCCCUAUCUCCUAAGAGUACCCAGGUAGGUAUUCUGGUAGCAUAACCAUUAUUAAUACUAUUGUACUACCUGUAGUGUGUUUCUAUAUAACUACUUGGCACCUACAUACUGUCUCAUCUACCAUAGAACCACUAGCUCAUAGCAAAUUCAAAUCAACACUAAACCCCGCUUUUCACGAUGGCAUCACAAUACGGCGCCGAAACCUCGGUUGACGAACUUGUCAAGGAUUUCGCCAGCGAGAUUAAAGGAAAGGUCAUUUUGACCACCGGAGUCUCUCCGAAAGGUUUGGGCGCUACCUUUGUAGAGAGCGUCGCAAAGGCCGAGCCAGCCCUUUUGAUCUUGGCUGGCCGCAAGCCUGAAAAAACUCGGGAGACUGCUGAUACUAUUGCUUCGGCUUAUCCUAAUGUGAAGACGCGCGUUCUUCAACUCGAUCUUGGGUCUUUUGCUGCCGUCCGCGAGGCUGCUGCGACUGUUAACAGCUGGUCCGAUGUUCCCCAUAUCGACGCACUCGUUAACAAUGCCGGUAUUAUGGCUGUGGGUUACUCUUUGACUAGUGACGGCAUCGAGAGCCAGUUAGCUACAAACCACCUUGCUCACUUCCUAUUUACGAAUUUAAUUAUCAACAAACUCCUAGCAUCAAAGGCGCCGCGAAUCGUCAGCGUUAGUAGCGACGGCCACCGCUUGAAUCCGAUCCGUUGGGAUGAUUAUAACUUUGAUGGCGGUAAAACCUACAACAGAUGGUUUGCCUACGGUCAGUCCAAGACCGCCAAUAUCCUCUUCGGUGUUUCCAUCGCCCAGAAAUUCGGAUCUAAGCUGCGAGCUUACAGUCUACACCCGGGCGUCAUCCAGACAAACCUCGACCGAGAUGUUGAUUGGGCCGUUGACGGCCAGGGUCUCAAGAGUGCCGACCAACUUCUAGGAAACGCGGAAGGGUGGUCCGAGUUCAAGUGGAAAUCCCCUCAACAAGGCGCGGCAACCCAUGCCUUCGCAGCGUUCAGCCCAAGCCUUAAUAGUCACAACGGAGCCUACCUACAGGACUGCCAAAUUGCUGACCCCUGGGUCCACACGGUCAAGCCAUGGGCUACGAGCGCCGUUGAGGCUGAAAAAUUGUGGAAAUUGAGUGAGAAGCUUGUCGGUCAGGAGUUCAACUAUCCGGCCCCUUAAAUGUUAUGUCAGCUUUUGUGUAACCAUACCGAAAAGGGGUAUCGGCACAUCUCCGCUCUUGCUAUUUUCUAACGCCACUCAUUCUCAACGAUGAUGCGCGAAGUACGCUGUUCGAAUCCCCACUGGGCAAGUAAAUAUCCCCGUGGGAGUCGCUCGGAGGAGUGGGAACGGGGCCUGCAGCUAUGUUGGGAGUCUGUGGUAUGCCGAGGAGAGUGGCGUCUCCUAAUCUUCUAAUAUCGGGCACCCUAUCGUAUGUCUGAUUAAUGUACGGCUUGAACCGUCGGAAUGGAUACUGCGGGAUGAAACACGCGACUUGACGCCGAUUCACGGUUUAAGCUGCUAUUAUUGUGCGGUAUCUGCGUGUUGUCAUUCUCCUCACUCGCCUCAUAGGGCUACCAACAUACUGCGAGGCUCAUGGGAUUCGACUCAACGAAAGGAUCGGCUUCAAAUUGAACUGUAUUACAUCAUAUUGUCAUGAUUAUUGACG